AUGUUUGUAAAUGUGUACGUGUGUUAUACUAAAUUAUGGCAAUUAUAAUAAAUAUUAAUAAAUAAAAAGAUACAAUGGAUAAAGAGAGAAAGGAAGAAGGCUAAGUAUUAAAAGAAAAGUCCAAUGCAUAUUAUUGGAAAGGUGGAUUAUCGAUAUACGUUAGGGAAUUCUUUACAAAAAUUUGAAAGAUUUGAAGAAGCUUUAGAGGCCUAUGAAGAAGCAAUUUGCGCACUACCAACAAAUGUUGACGCAAUUAAUGGCAAAGGUGGAGAUCUAUAUCUAUCAAUAGGAUUUGUUUUAGAUAUUUUGGGUUAACAUGAGAAAGCUAUUGUAGAAUACACAAAAGCAAUUGAAAUUGAUCCAAAAUUUAUUCUUGCUUAUAACAAUAGAGGAUUGGCUUAUGAUAAGAUGUCUAAUUAUCAUAAGGCCAUUGAGGAGUACACAAAAGUAUUUACAAUUGAUAAAUAAUACUAUACAUCAUAUUUCAAUCGAGCUAUUGCCUAUUAUAAAUUAAAAAAUUAUGAUAGAGCUGUUGAAGAUUUCUCAACUGUGAUUGAGAUUAAUCCAGAAUAUUAUAUGGCAUAUUAUCACAGAGGUGAGAUUUAUGAGUUGUAGAAUAAAAUGGAUUAAGCUUCGAAGGAUUACGUAAGAGCUUCUUAGCUUGAACCAUGUUUAACCAUUCCAUAUCCACAAUUCAAAAAAAUUCCCGAAAAGAGUUCAUAUGAGACAUCAUAUCAACACUUAUCAUUAGCCAUAUAGGACUAACCAGACAAUAUUUUGGCUUAUAACAAUAGGGGAUUUGUGUUAUUUGAAAUGAAUUAACCACUUGAAGCUUUAGAAAACUAUAACAAGGCAAUAGAGAUAAAGCCAACAAUAGCGACAUUAUACUACAAUAGAGGAAAUAUUGCUUAUUUUUUAAAUCAAUUUGAAAAGGCUAUUGAGGAUUACUCAUAGACAAUUUUAAUUGACCCAAACUAUGCCAAAGCAUACUGCAAUCGAGGAACUAUUUAUAAAUAGUUAGAAAAAUUUGAUGAGGCUAAAAAGGAUAUAGAAAUUGCCGUUAAAAUUGACCCAUAAAUAACAACAAAAAGGAAUUUUUCAUUUGACUUGAGCCUUUUUGCUCUGCCAAAAAAUCCCAUUAUACAAAAUAUUGAAAAAGCUGUUGAGGCUUUCACUGGUGCAAUUGAAUUAUCCCCAUAAAUGACAUAAGCAUAUUAAUAAAGAGGAAUAGCAUAUUUCAUUUUGAAAUAAUAUGAGGAAUCCCUUAAAGACUUUUCUCAAGUGCUCUUACUCGAACCAAACAAUAAAGAAGUACAUUUUUAAAUAGGAUGUGUUAUUGUUUAUUAAUUAGUGCAUAGUGCUGCCUCCUGAUUUAUUAUGAUUAUCAUUAUAAAUUUCAUAUUGAUUGUUAUA